AGCCGUUUCCAGAAAAAGAACGGCUCCAAACGGCCAGUUUUCAACGAGUCGGUCGCAGCUCUUUGGGUUGCUUCCGAAGGAGUGUACGUGAGGUUCAGUUGUGGAAGCCUUGGCGAUCAUGCCUGGCUCUGUCGCGGCAAUGUCCACCGGCAGCGGCAAAAGCCAGCCGCGCUAUCGCACGGUCAACCACAACGCAGAUGUGGAUGAGACUCUCUUUGGCGCCGACCGAACUCGCAAGGGCGAGGAGAAGGAUGGGAAAGAAGUGAUGAUUGUGGGCAAGGACACUGUCAUGGUGCGAAAGAGAUAUGACAGGCAUGCAAAAGCUAGCCUCAAGGAUCAGGCAGUGGUCAUCGCAGCGUCGGAGCUCAACCGCUUGCGACAGAAUGCAACGCUUCUGACGAAAGAGGAGGAGAUUGAGCAGAAGCAGCGCGAGGAGGAGGCGUUGGCGGAACGGCAAGCCAAAUCCAUUGCGCGCAAAGAGAGGAUUAGGCAGAUGGAAGAAGAACGGAAAAGGAAUGCUAUCCAGAGCGAAAACGCCAAGGACGCGCGUGGCCCCAAGGGCGGCGUGCUGGAACGGGCGAAGCAAAUGUUGGAUGAAGACAUGGACGACGUGAAGCAUAUGAACCAGAUGAUGUUGUACUCAAAGAUUGUGACCAUCCGAGAUGCGCAAAUCCAGGAGAAGCGAAUGGUGCAAUCAGAGCGGGAAGAAGAGGAGCGUCAUUUGGAUGCCAUGAUGGAGAUUGAGCGGCUGAAGGCCUUGAAGAUGUACGAGGUCCGUGAGCAGGAGCGGCUUCAAAGUCAGCGUUCUGGAGCCAAGGUCAUCAUCGAGCAGAUCAAGGACCGCCAAGCACAGCGCAUGAAAGAGGAGGAGCAUCGUGACCAGGAGCGGUCCUUCGUGCUGAAACAAAUCCAAUCUUUGAAGGCCGAAGAGGUCGAGCAACAGCAGCAAAAGAAGCUUGCGGCAGAGAGGUUAAUGCAAGAGGUGAACGAGGCCAAUUCUGCUGCAAUGAAGAUCAAAGAGGAAAAGAUGUUGGCAGAGAAGCUUGAAGAACAGAAGAUCAUUGAAUACCAAGAAGCAAAGGAGCAGCGUGAGCGCGAAUUGGAAGCAGAGAAGAAUCGCUUGGCUGCAGACAAGGAGCGGGAGACUGCAAGGCUUCGAGCCAUGCAAGAGAAGGCCCAGGACAAGGCGGCUGAGAUGGAUGCUCUUCGGGCAAAGCGUGCCAUGGAAGCAGCUGAACGAAUUGCACGUCAGAAAGAGCAAGCUGAGAAAGACAAGCACGAGCGCAUGAAUGCCGAUUUGAAGGAGGCUCGACUGCAGCAACAAGCGGAGAAGGAGCGGCGCUUGGGCGAGCAGGCGAAGUUCGAGCGCGACGAGUUCGAGCGCAUCAUCGAGGUGCAAAUGCAGCAGGAGGAAGCUGAGCGACAACGUCAGGCCGAAGAGCAUCAGUUGCGCCUGCAGCAUGCUCAGGAGUUGCGUCACCAGAUCGCAGCGCGUGAGGAAAAGGCUUACCAGGAGCGCCGGGACUUCCUCGAGGAGGGCAACGCCGUCCGUGCAUCCAUUGGCAACGAGAGGAAGAAGCUGGAGAAGAUCAAGGCGAGGAAGAUCGAUGAGCUCCAGAAGAGCGGAGUUCCUGAGAAGUACUGGGCCGAGCUCGCCAGGAAGAAAAUCUCCAUCUGAGCCCAGCCGCACCGCCUUUCGCUUCGGUGACUCCAGCUUCGGCCCCCCCAAAACCGAACCUCCGCAUCGGACACAUACCCAGCCGAAAAAGACGACGGACCUUCAUCACGGGUUCCC